CUAUUUCAUUUAUUAUCUUAUAAUUUCACUACUUUAAACCCACCAUAACUAUAUUCAUUCUCUGUGAAACAAACCAAACCACCGAGGAAAAAAAUUCCUACAUAAAAUAUCCUAAGAAAAUUAUUAUACCCGUCCCCUUUUUUCUUAGAACAAAUCAUUAUUUUCGCGUCAACUUCCUCCAUAUGACGAAUUCAAUUCAAGAACCAAAACGAAAUGUUCGUAAUACCAAUACUAAAAAGAAGUCAUCAAAACAAAAUGGUAAAAGGAAAUCAUCAUCAAAACGUAAAGAUCCUGAGAUUACAUUAAAUUUACCAUUUCCUCCCAAUGUUAAACUUGAAAAAUUUUUUCCUUCCAAAUAUACUGUAAGCUUGAGAACUCUUAAUGCAUUCAUCAUUUAUAGAAAAGUUGUCAGUGCUGAGAUCAAGAAAAAUAAGAUUACUUUAUGUUGGAGUAAAAUUUCAACAAUUGCAUCAAAUAAGUGGAAGCUUGAAGAUGCUGAAGUUAAACAACAUUAUAGAGAUCUUGCUGAAAAAACUAAAACCUUGUAUAGAUCUAAACAUUUGUUUUAUGUUCAUCAAGGAAAGAACGCUGCCAGUUCUGUAAUGCUUCAAGAUAAUGGGGAAACAACCGAUAAUACCCCAAAAACUUUUACUUUUGUAUAUUCGGAAUAUGAAAAAAAUCUUUCAAAUGAUUCAGGUGUUGAACAACAAAAAAACGCAUUUAAUGAACAAAUUGAGGGUACUUUAGAAACUCCUGAAAUUUCUAAUGUCGAUCCUCAUGUUUUGAAUGAAAGUGAUCAAACUAUCAUUCCACCUUCCAACACCGGGUUUAAUCUUGAACAUAACUUCUUCAAUUUUGUUAAUAUGGUUGGCUUACCAAUUACUACAUUUUUGCAUGAUGACAGAUCAUUUCCCCUAUUUCAACUUGAAAUGGCAAAUAAUAAUAUGCCCGAAUUCGAUGAUCAUAGAUUUAUUUAAUUUUCAUAUAUAUAUUAUAUAUAUAUAUAUAUAUAUAUCAAAA